GUGUUUCUAGACAGGCAUUUACUCGGGCGUCCGCGGGUCCUUCCUCCUUUUCUACGUCCCUCAGCGAGGCCGGCGUCAAGAUGAACGACACCGUGACGGUCAGGACCCGUAAAUUCAUGACGAACCGGCUGCUUCAGAGGAAGCAAAUGGUCGUCGAUGUCUUGCACCCAGGCAAAGCCACAAUCCCCAAAACUGAAAUCAGGGAAAAGCUCGCCAAGAUGUACAAGACCACCCCUGAUGUAGUGUUCGUGUUCGGCUUCAGAACUCAGUUUGGAGGCGGAAAGACGACAGGCUUCGCCAUGGUGUACGACUCCUUAGACUACGCUAAAAAGAACGAGCCCAAGCACAGACUGGCCAGGCACGGACUCUAUGAGAAGAAAAAGACCUCAAGGAAACAGCGCAAGGAACGCAAGAACAGAAUGAAGAAAGUCAGAGGCAUCAAGAAGGCCACUGUGGGCGCUGCUGGCAAAAAGUGAGCCUGGACUGCCGGGGAGGUCUGCGUGUGCAAGAUGUUCUUGUAUAUUGUCAAUAAAAUU